CUGCCGAAGGUGGAUGGUGUAUUUCUGUGGAGUGUUGUCGACUCAAGUGACUCGGAAUUUCUUCAUCAGCAUUCCUCUCAUACCCUCCCAUUCUUGAGCCCUCUCGAGGAAUAUCGCCCAAGAUCUCUCUGGCGGCGAACGAGAACUCUCAGUGGAUGUUGAUUGUGUAAAAACAGACCCUUGACUCAUUUUCACGUGUGAGAUCAAUCAAUUCCCUCUCUGUGACUCUGCUAACCCAUCAAUCUGCGACCUUUUCGACGCUUCGUGAUCUGUGUUGGGAAAGACCGAUUGAGGAAGAGUGUGGUCACAUUCGGCGGAGAAUCAAUUUAUCCUAAGUGAUUCGCUUAACUAUUCGGGAAAGUGACGAAUAGUCUGGCAUCAACUCCAACAAUUGAACCUGUAAUUGAUGCAAUUUUCCACUGACCUCUGCCUCUCUGCGCGCGAGUUUUUCUCUCAGUGAUUUUGAUGCAACUCUCGCGACCAGUUUAAGGAGGAACUCAGCAUCACGGUGCGCCCAGUCAUUGCAUCACCCGACAGACGGCAUUCUUGUGCUCCCCGCACACUCUCACACAUUAACAAUCAGGAGCAGCGUGAGAGGAUUAUAACCAGCGGGAGAUUUCAGAAAGUGGCAGUGAUUCACUGAAGUUUAUACAUCCGGGAAAACAUUACAGAGCCACUCAUUCGCACGAUAUUCAUCCCGGAGAACUUGGCAGAGGGACAAUGCGGCAGUGUCUGUAAGGGAGUACCCAUCAUUGUUAAGAGGACUUCAGGAAGUGGAAUAUAGUGUUUUAAUUAAAAGCCACACGAUGGAGACAGAAGAAGUGAUAAAGCUCGUCGAUGGCAUUUACAAGAACAUCCUCGAGAAAUUCAAUCCCGGUGCCAGACAAUUAAUCAGUGCUGGAAAAUCAUACCUUAAAGCACUUCAUGGGGCAGCAGCUGCUUCCAGAUUAUUCAACGAGGCCCUGGCCAAGAUAGCUGUGAAUGCUCAACAAGGUGGAACCACAGAUAUCGGUGCAGCCCUCAUGAAUAUCGUGGGUGUCUACAAGGAAAUUCAAGAUCAGCAGAUGAAUAUUCUGAAAGCGUUCUAUGUGGACUUGCUGGUGCCUCUGGAAACCAAUCUGGAAAAGGACACAAAAGUGGUGCAGUUUGAGCAAAAGAGAUUUAUGCAGCAGCAUAAGGUGCGAACAGACAGCUACAGCAAGGCUGCUGCCACUAUGAAGAAGCAGCGGAAGAAGAAACCCAGUCCACAGAACGCCGACAAGGAGAUGAAAAGUAUUCAGGCACUUGAAGAGGAGAAGAACAAGUUGGAUGCGUUUUGUGAGCAGAGUCUCAAGAAUGCAAUGACCCAAGAACGAAGACGAUACGGAUUCGUGCUGGAACGCCAAUGUUCCCUGGCUAAACACUGGAUGGUCUAUCACGCUUCAGGCAAGGGUACCAUUGAGGGAUCCCUGGACAAUUGGCAAGACGUUGCAGCAACUCGAGAAUUUCUUCCUCCAAACGUAGAAUCCAUGUUCACGCGACGCAUCAAGGAUUGUUUCAGCGAGGAUGAUUCCGAUCGUUUGUCCAUCUCUUCAGCAUUGCGAAAGACACGCAGCAUCGAUGCUUCGUGUCUGGAUAUGAGAUCUUUGGGCGAUGUUAUGAACAGCAUGCAGAUGCCACGUGCCAAAUCCGAAUUCAAUCUAACCACGUCGACAAUCGGUUCUAAUCAUCCAGAUAUAUCAACACCCAUAAAUUGGGAUCAACGCCCAGUAACUAGAGCUCUGUAUGCGUACUUGUCGUCGGGUGAGAACCAGUUGAGCUUCCUGGAAGGCGAUAGGAUUGCUUUGGUGGGAGAGCGAGCUAAGGGAUGGCAGUUCGGAGAGAAUCUCCGUACGCAGAUGUUCGGUUGGUUCCCAGUAGCAUAUACAGGGCCUGAGAUAGACCCAGACAUGGGUAUGUGGGACUCUAAGGGCAUUCCAGUGGAUCCACAUCAGAUCGAGAGUGCAGCUGAAUCAUCCUUGGAAAGUACUCUUGUGGACGAACCAACUGGACAAAAUCGCAGCUCUUAUCAUCAUCAUCAGAAUGAUACUUCGCCAACUAGGAUGUUUGGAGACACUAUUAUGUACAGACAAUCCAAACAGUUCCGCGGAAUUUCCGGCGGCGGUCCCAAACCUGGUCCUCCACCCACACUGCCAGCUCCAGUGCCCACUCCGGUGGUCCCGCCAUACGCUAAGGGAUCGGCGGGUGCCAACGGUAGUCACUUGACGCAGUCGCAUAGUUUCUCUUCAUCGGGCGGGACUCCGAUGGGCGAGAAGCACAAGCCCGCGACUUCCAACUUCGGCAAGCAAAACGGCAGCAACAUGUCUGCGGGCGGCAAGAACAAACCCACAGUCACCAGUGCUUCCCUGCACAGUAGUAAUGAUAGCGGGUUUGCUAACGAACCACCACCACAGCCCGAAGUGGACUAUUCCGAUGAGGAGACCGUCACUCGAAUGCCCAUAAGAUCCUCCCGUUCGGAGAAGAGACACUCAGCCAAUACUACUCUAACGCGAUCUAUUAAGAAUCGCUCAAAUACAAACACACUGGAGAGUACAAAGAGUCGCCAAACCCUGAUAAGGCAGUCGUCAAGCUAUGGCAAUCUAGCAGAUGAGCACACCAUGGAGUUCCUCUAUGGAACCACAGAUCGCAACGGAGGGACUAAGUAUGUUAAGCGGACCAAGUCAUUUUGGCGUUUCGGAAAACAACCAGAGGACAUAAUGGAGGGAAUGGCGAUGUGGAGACAUCGAGAUCUUGUUCAGACGGAGCAAGAGAGGCGCGAAGAACGUCGUCGUGAGGAUAAUACAAUCAAAAGACGUCCCAAAACCAAUGGAGAGAUGAUCAAUGGCAACACAGAUACUCUCGUCAAGAAUGGACGUCCCAGGAAGUCAGAGGUACCAGUAAUAGAUGACCAUGCCAAGUACCGAAUCACGAAGUCAGAGAUCGAUCACAGGAUCGGUAAGCAACAGUCGCCAUCGAAUGAGAGUAUUUACGGAGGUCAACAGCCUCAGCCGCAGCAGCAGCAGAAGAAGCAAACAAAAACGGCCAAGAGUGAGUCCGGAACGAAGAAUGGACGCAACAACAGGUUUGCGUAUUCCGAUAUUGAGGACGGAGGCAGGGUUGAACGCCGCAUGCAAAGCUACGAAUCCCGGCCCGAGGAUUCCUUCAGACGUCGCACUGCCCCAGAAGAUGAGUUCAAGAACGGUGAUCUGAAGUACUACGAUGAUAUGAUGAUUCCAGAGCCUGGUUUUUACGACGACGACAGCGUUAACGACGUAGUCAUGAAGACCGUUAAGCGCAAAGAGAUCCUUAAGCAGUACUACUCCAGUGGAACGGAUACAGAGCGCAACUCUAGCAGUUCCGAUCCGUAUGAUUGCAUCGUUGUUGAAGAUCAUUUGGUGAAGCGAGAGAACGGAAAGACCCCACGCGGGCGUUCGGAUAACAUGGAGUUCAGCACUUUCCGUGGGGCAGAUCACAAGGACAAGAGAUCACCUGGCGGCGAUGAUGUCACAGCAGGAACCCUUCUUCCGAGAACGAAACUAGCUAAGCCCGGAACGAAGAUGCAGAGUGCUCAUAAGAUGGACAAGAAUCAAGAUGGCAAUAGGGAUGAAGAUGGCGGAAAGAGACGCAAGGAAAUCAACUCUGGUUCUCCGGAUAAGAGGUCCUCGAAAGCAUACGGACCAUGGUACGAUCUGUGGAGCAACGAGGCGCCUAUAAGUCAGAAAUAAAUGUGGAUUUGGGUUACUAUCUUACUCAAUGUUGGAAUCUUUUGUACUUUAAUAUUUCGGUAAUUCUUCUGUUAUUCUUAUUCAAAAUUUGUAUUUUUUUUCUUAGAAUAAUAAUUAAGUCCUUAGAUAAUGUCGAUUGAAGCCGAUCAAAUGGUGCUCUUUCAGAAAAAUGAUCAUUCUUGAUUGAAAAUACAUGUAUGUUUAUAGUGAGAGUUUAAGUGCCAAACAUCCUCUAACAUUGUAUUAAAAUAUAUAAGAAUUUAUCCCUUCUAAUUCGCUCUUUAUAUUAAACUUGCUGAAUUUAGCGCAACAUUUUCUCCCUUCUAUUUCCGCAUUACUUUUUUUUUGUUCUCCAAAAUUGCGUUUAACCAUAAUCCAUUGUAUAAUUUGUUAUUGAAUAUAAAAUAUAUUUAUAUUUUUACCUCCACACCCAUGUUUUCUUUGUAUUAGACACUCCUCCGUUAGCCCGUGUGAAUUUAUUA